AAUUUUAAAUCUAAUUUAUCAGAAGCUCUUGGACAAUUACUUAAAAUUGGAACGGAUUAUAAUGUUAUCAUUCAAGUAGGAGAAGGAUUUAAUUUUAAGGAAUUUCAUGCGCAUUCUAUUAUCUUAUGCUGUAGGUCAAGAUAUUUUAAUAAAAUACUUUCUGAUGAAAAUAUUGAAAAAAAAGAUGGAAAAUAUGUAAUAAAGAAACCAAAUAUUUCUUCUCGAAUGUUUGAUGAUAUUCUUAAGUAUCUUUAUACUGAUCGAAUUAAUAUUUCUGAUAAAACUGGAACUGAACUUUUGAAUUUUAUGAUUGUUGCUGAUGAAUUAAUGUUAGAAAGCUUAACCAAACUUGUCGAAAAUUCCUUUAUUUAUAACUAUCGACAAUUCUUACAAAAUGACCCAGUUGAAAUUCUUCAAAUUGUACAUUAUCGUGAAGUAUUUGAUAAUUUACGAAACUUUUGUUUGAAUAAAAUUUGUUCUAGACCAAAACUUUUAUUCAACUCUGAUAAAUUUACUCAACUAUCUGCCCCUUUACUGGAAAUUGUUUUAAAACGGGAUGACCUGAAUUUAAGAGAAAUUGAAAUUUGGAGAUAUAUAAUUAAAUGGGGAUUAGCACAAGAUCAGAUACUUAGUCAAGACGUCUCUAAAUGGAACAUGGAUCAUAUUAAUAUCCUUAAAAGGAUUCUUUACAAAUUCAUUCCUUUAAUUAAAUUUCAUGAAAUUUCUAAUGAAGAUUAUAUUAGUAAAGUAAAACCUUAUGAAGAAAUUUUAUCUCAAGAAUUAAGAGAUGAGAUAUUAAGAAAUUACAAGAUUCCUGGACGUAAACAAAUAACCGACUUAAUAUCAACCGAUCUCUUAGAAUCUGUUUUAGUUAAUCGAAGGCACAUUGCACUAAUAGUAAGUUGGAUUGAUAAAAAAAGAGGAAAGAAUAAAUAUAAACUUAAUCUUUUAUAUAGAGCUAGCAGAGAUGGCAAUACACCAUCAGUAUUUCAUGCUAAAUGUGAUAACAAGGGAGCUACUAUAAUAAUAGCAAGGGUCAAAAAUUCAAAACAAAUAGUUGGAGGGUAUAAUCCACUUUUUUGGGAUUCAAGUAAUAGUUGUAAUUCUACGAAAAAUAGUUUUCUAUUCUCAUUUACGGACAAAAAUGAUCUUCAAAGCGCAAAAGUAGUUUACAGUAAAGGUGAUCUGAAUUCUAUACGAUCUUAUUCACAAUGGGGUCCUGUAUUUGGUACUGAUUUACAUGCGGCUUAUAUUCCCACUAUUGAUUCUUGGCGUGCUAGUGUAUGUUCUUAUCCAUCACUAAAUUUGCCAAGCAUAUUUAAAAUAGAGGAUUAUGAAGUAUUUCAAAUCAAGCGAUUAACCAAUAUUUUUUAUUUAUUUACUUAUUUGUGAUAUUAAAUAACAUAAUAGUACCUUAGCAUUUUUUUAUUUAUUUAAUAUAAAUAUAAUAAAAUGAUUAUUUUACAUCUGCAGAUCGGAUGUAUGGUGAGACUUUAUUGAUCAAAAAUGGAGGAAAGGUGCCUUAGUACAGUACAUAAUCGAUUUUAUCCAAACAAUAAUCAAGGAUAUGAUUUUAUUUGUAUGUUGCUUCAGCAGUGUUUUUUAUAUGGGCAAGGUAGCAAUAAAGAUUAUGAUUAAAAUUUCAUUCAUUUCGCAGACAUAAAUCAUGAUUCGGAAAAUAUUGUAUCUAUUCUACCAUUUUUCUAUAAUCCCGACAUUACUACAUUUCAUAAAAUUACGUAAAUAAAUGAUGCAAAGCAAACUAUAUAAACUAGUUUUAUUCUAUUAACAAAUCAAAAAUA